AGAUCAUUACAUUGCCUUAUCUCAAAGCACUUUCAACCAUUAUAUCUAUAUGUGAAAAUCUCAAGAUUAUGGAAUCCUCAAGGCAUAAUCAAACGAUUGGGAUUGCAUUGGGAAAGGAAAAUGAGAUUUGGGAAUCCUCUAAGAGAAAAGAUCCUUGACUGUAUAUUGGGCCAUACAUAUAUACAGACACACACAUACAUAUGGCACUAUUAUUUUUUACCUAGGCCAAGCCUUCAUUUACUAAUGACAAAUUAGACCAAUAACCUUGAAAAAACGUGUUUUGUUGCUUUAGUCUGCAAUCUUUUAAUUUAGUCAAAUUGAUCCCCAAAAUUUACAAAAAUUUUAUCUACAAAUUUUCUUUUUUCAUUUUGGCUACUUUCUUAAUAAACAGGGACAGACAGUCACUCCGCUUAAACUAAGAAGGAUGCACCACCUAGUUUAUGCACAAGAUGCAGAACUCCCAGGAACAACCCCGAAUAUAACUGGAAAUUGCCUCCCCGGUACCCUUUCACCAAAGCUUGUAAAAGGAAAGAUUGUUGUCUGUUUGGGAUUCAAUGUCCAGAGUGCUAUGGAGGUGAAAAGAGUAGGAGGUGUAGGUAUCGUCCUAGUAAACAUCUACGGGAGUGACAGUGGUAUGCCCCUUGGAGCUCAAUUACUUACAGGAACAACAGUAGGACUGAAUGACAUAGCUACAAUUGUCAAUUACACAAGGACUAAUGUGAAUCCAACGGCAACAUUAAUCCCAGGAACUACUAUUUUGGGUAGUAAACCAGCACCAUUCAUGGCUCCCUUUACCUCAUUGGGUCCAAAUGGCCUUGAACCUAAUAUUAUUAAGAUUACUGACAGGUGCGAUUCUCGCUCAUGAGUUAAUGCGUGGGUGGUUACACCUUAAAGGUACUACAUGAGUUCCUUCUGUUACUUUUCCUUUUUUCUUUGAUUGAGGGUCAUAGAAGACAUGUUGAUGCAUGACAAGAACAUUAGAGCAACUUCAUUGAUGUAGUAUUUAGGUGUAGCAGUACUAAAGAAGCACAACACAACGUAAAACACUCCGACAAUGUAGAAUAUGGUCUGCUAAAAUAGCACAUAUUUUAUACUA